CUAUGUUGUUUGGCAUAACCGUCAUUUGGAAUAGAUUAUUUGAUAAUAAAACAACAUAAACAUGUUCGUUCCUUGUUUUGAUAAAUAGCUACAACAAAAUAUAAAUGCCGCGGUUGGCGAUAGAAAACAACAAUUAAUCGAGACGUCUCCACUUGCUCUCUGGAUUGUAUGUGUUUGUGUGUGUGCAAUCUUGAUUAGAUUGUGCAUACAUUUUAAAUUCAAUUGAAAUCUAUCAGCUACAAACAUUUCGAUUGCGUUUAAUCAGCAGCAAGACAGCAAAGUGAUUAGCGAUGGCCUCCGCAAUGAAGCCAGUGUUGUGUGUCGGCUGCACAGUUAUCGACUUUGUCACCAUUAGCGCCAGCUUCCCCAAGGAGGACACCGAUGAACGCUGCCUCGAUGGCAAUUGGCAGCGUGGAGGGAAUGCCUCCAAUGUCUGCACUGUGCUCCGAUUACUCGGGCUCAAGGUCGAUUUCUUUGGCGUGCUAAGUAAAUCGGAUGGAUUUCGUGUACUGCUCGAUGAUUUGCAGCGACGUCAAAUUGGUGUCCAACACUGUCCCAUGUCGGAGAAGGAUCCGCCCUUCUCGUCGGUGAUCAUUGCCCAAGACACGGGAUCGCGCACCAUUGUGCACUGCAACAAAAACUAUCCGUAUGUGACGUGGGAAGACUUUCGGAAGAUCGAUCUCAAUGAAUAUGGCUGGGUGCACUUUGAGGCACGUCAUCCCAAGGAAACUAUCAAGAUGAUCGAAACCGUGCGACAGCAUAAUGCGCUUCAUGACACUAAUAUCAAGAUCUCGUUGGAUUUUGAAACAUUAUAUGAGAAGAAUCUGAAGCUCUGUCUGUCGUGUGAUUACGUUGUCUUCUCCAAAGAUUUGGCCAGUCGCCAAGGCUGGGAGACGGCAUGCUCCGCCUGCUCGCACUUGGUCAGCGCCUUAACACCCAGCAGCGUCAACAUUAUUUGUCCCUGGGGCAAGGAAGGCGCAAGCUGUGUCGACUCUUUCCACAACUACAGCGAUGUGCCCGCCCAUGAGCCGGAUUCAGUUGUGGACACGCUGGGAGCUGGGGACAGCUUCAUGGCUGGCUUCAUCUAUGCCACGUAUGUAAGCCAGAAAAAUCUCCCUGAUGCUGUUGACUUUGCCAAUCGUGUAGCGGGACACAAGAUCAGCGACUAUGGCUACGAUCACAUAGCCCAGAUUCAGAAAGACCAAGUUUAAACCAUCGAACAUAAAAUUAAUAACUACUGUGUAGAAAAAGCUUUAAACAAAAUAAUUUAAGUAUGGGAAACUACACAGAACAGUUUUUAAGUUGUGGUCUAAGCAUUCCAAUUGAGAUUUCUAAUAUUUCAACUACAAAAGGAUCAUAUCUAAAUCUUUGCUUGUGCAAUAUCCUAAAGAUUUUAAAGAGAUAACAAUAUGAAAAAAUAGAAUAAUUUACAAGAGAAUCAACAAAUUGAAGCUAUAUGUAUCGGAAUUUGACAUAUUCAACUAACGUAUAUCGUGUUCGUAUAUAAAAAUCUCGAAGAAUGAAUGCGUAUAGUAAUUUAUCAAUUAAUAGUUUUGCCAAUUUUUGUUUUUUAAUUAUUUGUAAAUAUUGUUAUGAAAUAAAAUUUUGGAAGAACCAUUCAAAAGAGUCGGCAAAUUUAACAAAUUUUUUAGAUUGCUAACGGCAUUAAAGAUCACUAAUUCUGAAGAUCUGUUUUGUUGAUGUGAAAUGUCAGUUUUAAAUAUCUUCUGCACUUCAAUAAUGUAAUAAUAAGAUUAUUAAGCAUCGAAGUUCAUUUGUCCUCCGUAUAUAUAAGUAAAUCCAUUUGUGCUGAUUUAUAUAUUGCCGUUGCUUUUAGGAUUGCUCAAAACUAUAGCAAUGCAACGCGUUAAAUUUGCUAAUAUAUGAUCAUAAAGCUUUACGAAACAUGAAAGCCAAUAUAUAAUAGAAUUAUCAACAUAAUGCAGCUAUAAAUUAUAUGUAUAAUAGUAUGUAUUGUUGUUGUAUUGUAGAUGGGUUCGAUAUAUCCACUCUGCAACUCGUAGCUUAUAAAUUUUCCGAAAAUGUACAAGUCAGUGUCUAGAUCUGAUGUGUCGAGUGUCUGGUGUCUGUAGCAACUAUGUAUAAUAAUAACUAGAAUCUAUGUGAA